GUACAACUAGUGAAGGUCACAAGUGUCAAACGCAGGUUAACGCAAUGCUUGUUUUCAUUCGUAAAUAAGUUAGUAGUAUAGUUUGUGUUCAAUGUAUUAAAUAAGGCACAUUACAAUGGAGAGAAUAUUGCGAGGUAUUAUGAGAUACCGAGUGCUUGAUAGAGCGAGCAUGGUAAAACAAUUUCAAGAAGUACGCGACAAUCCAGUGCCUAAAGCGAUUUUUUAUACAUGCAUGGAUAGCAGAAUGAUUCCCACACGAUUCACGGAAACAAGCGUCGGAGAUAUGUUUGUAGUGCGAAAUGCUGGGAAUCUUAUCCCGCAUUCUGAACAUUUUGUAGAUGAAAUGACAAGUUGUGAACCAGCAGGAUUAGAGCUAAGCUGCAUAGUAAAUGAUAUAAGGCAUGUUAUAGUUUGCGGUCAUAGUGACUGCAAAGCAAUGAAUCUUUUAUAUAAACUUAAAAGUAAAGAAGAAUCUAACAUUGAACAGAGAAGAAUAUCUCCACUCAAGUCAUGGCUAUGUACACACGGCAAGACUAGCCUCAAUAAAUUUCUACAAAUGGAUGGUGACUUUGCGAAGCCUAUGUUAUUCACAGCUGAAACACCACAAAGAAAAUUCGUUGCCUAUAUUGAUCCAGAAAAUAAAUUUUGCAUUGAAGAUAAACUGUCACAGGUCAAUACUCUGCAACAGUUACAAAAUGUUGCUUCAUACGGCAUGUUAAAGAAGAGAUUAGAGAAGCAUGAUUUACAUAUCCAUGCACUUUGGUUUGAUAUAUACACUGGAGAUAUUUUUUACUUCAGCAGACGAGCUAAAAGAUUUAUUAUAAUAGAUGAAUCGACAUAUGAAUGUAUUUUGGCUGAAAUCCGACGAUAUUAUUCUUAGUGAUUCGCAAAUCCACGUUGUCACUUAGGUCUAUAGUUAAACUUAAUAUAAUACCUAUAUGAAUUUAGUGUUCCUUAAACAUAUGUGCAUUAUGAAAUAUGUGUACAAGAAAAAAAUAUUUAAAAACUAAAAUG